GGACGGUAUAUGAUUGGCCAGGCAGGGGCUGAUAGUCCGGAGGCUGGCAUUGUGCUCCGCGUUGAUCCCCGUGUUCUUGUUUACACCUUGCGGACGGGGGACGAGACAAGACACCCAGGGGCCCAGUACAGACUCGGUAGUCCACUCUGCAGUGUACGCGGCUAUCUGACAGCAUCGCCCCGUGGUACUUAUUUUGUAUGGUCGCAAACCAAGUUUGUCUUUGCUGGGGGUCGGACGCUCCAGUUUAAUUUAAUCUCUCCAUUCAGAGCAGAAAUGCGUCAAACUUUUUGGUGACUUUUGUGGCACCUCUGCGCUUAUGGAUCCCAGUCAAGCAGGGUACAAGUGCAGUUGGAAAUGAAAUCUACAAGGAAUAGUCCCGACAAAUUGUUUCUUUAUAUUCACAGGGUGUGAUAUCUACGGACCUCUUUAAACUUUGAUUACGGGCGGAAAUUACACAUUCACAGGCGGCUUCGUAAUGGAUGUGUUCUGAGCGUUGCAGUCUGUUUGCGUCAGCAGUAAAGGGUGAACUAUUUACCAAAACAAGAUACGACAUCAAUUACUGGAAUCUUUGGUAUUUCACUCUUUCCUGAGAAAUCUUUCAGAGAUAAAGACUUUGUUGGACAAGAGCCGCUUCUUGUGUCAAAAGCACCGCAGGUCACGCUGUGUGGACGUUUCGCAACGGCGUAGCCGGAAAAGAUGCUCUCUGUUCGGAUGCAGCGUGACCAAGGUCUCGCUCCUCUGGUUCUUCUCCUCCUGGUCGGGGGUUAUGUCGUGUCUGGCGCUGAGAGCAGUGACUACAGCGAGGCCGAGGUUCUCCCUGACUCUUUCCCGUCAGCACCGGCAGAACCUCUCCCAGAAUUCCUGCUGGAACCGGAGGACGCUUUCAUCGUAAAGAACCGGCCGGUCCAGCUGCGGUGCCGGGCAUCACCGGCCACCCAGAUCUACUUCAAAUGUAACGGAGAAUGGGUCAAUCAAAAUGAUCACGUCACCAGAGAGAGCCUGGACCAGAUCACAGGUCUGGUGGUGCGGGAGGUGGACAUCUCGGUGUCCAGGACCCAGGUGGAGGAGCUGUUUGGGUUGGAGGACUACUGGUGCCAAUGUGUGGCCUGGAGCUCGGCUGGCACCACCAAGAGCAACCGUGCCUAUGUUCGCAUUGCAUACCUGAGGAAGAACUUUGAGCAGGAGCCGCUGGGGCGGGAGGUACGACUCGAGCAGGAGGUGCUGCUGCAGUGUCGCCCCCCGGAGGGCAUGCCCGCUGCUGAGGUGGACUGGCUGAAGAACGAGGACGUCAUAGAUCCAUCGCAGGACUCCAACUUCCUGAUCACCAUUGAUCAUGAUCUGAUCAUCAAACAGGCCAGACUCUCAGACACCGCUAACUAUACCUGUGUGGGUCGUAACGUGGUGGCCAAACGACGCAGCAGCACAGCUACUCUUAUUGUUUAUGUGAGCGGAGGUUGGUCUUCUUGGACCGAAUGGUCAGAGUGUAAUGCUCGGUGCGGACGGGGCUGGCAGCGACGAACACGCAGCUGCACCAAUCCUGCCCCUCUGAAUGGAGGAGCCUUCUGUGAGGGCCCACCCUUCCAGAGAGUGACUUGCACCACACUCUGCCCAGUGGAUGGAGGAUGGACAGAGUGGGCAAAGUGGUCCGCCUGUGGGACAGAGUGCACCCACUGGCGCAGUCGCGAGUGCCAAGCCCCCCCACCCAGGAACGGAGGAAAGCACUGCAGCGGCAGCAUGAUGGAGAGCAAAAACUGCACUGAGGGGCUGUGUGCGCGCAAUAAAAAGAUUUCUAUUGAACAUGCAAGCCAUCCGCUGGCCCCAGGUAUGGGUGUAGCCAUCUAUGCUGGUCUGGUGGGGGCCCUGCUGCUGUGUGUGAUACUGGUGUUGUGCGUGGGAGUGCUCGCAUAUCGGCGCAGAUGCCGCCAUCUCCACGGAGACAUCACAGAUUCUUCGUCUGCUCUCACAGCCGCCUUCCACCCUGGCAACUACAAGCCUCCCAGACAAGAUAACCCUCACCCUCUGCAUCCCUCAGCUCCUCCGGAUCUGACAGCCACAGCAGGAGCUUUCCGCGGGCCGCUCUUCUCCCUGCAGCAGGGGGUCAACGACAGCCCCCACAAAAUUCCCAUGACCACCUCUCCCCUGCUGGACCCCUUGCCCAGUCUCAAAAUCAAGGUGUAUAACGCCUCCACUCUUUCCUCCCUGGAGCUCCCCGCGGACAUGUGCUCAGGUGACGGCGAGAUCCUCAGCCUGAAGUCAGUGGGUACUGUGGGCAGAGAGCGAGAGUACCAUAGCCACACCCUGUCCAGAGAGCCUGGGCUGAGCACCAGCGCCACCCUGGGUCAUCUGGGAGGACGCCUUACCAUCCCCAAUACAGGUGUGAGUCUGUUGGUCCCCCCUGGCACAAUCCCCCAGGGGAAGUUCUAUGAGAUGUACCUCAUUAUCAACAAGUGGGACAAAACAACGCUACCCUCUGAGGGCAGUCAGACUGUACUAAGUCCUGUGGUGAGCUGUGGCCCAUCUGGUAUGCUGCUGAAUCGCCCUGUGGUUCUUACUUUGCCCCACUGUGCCCAGCUAGACACACCUACACCUGACUGGACCCUCACACUCAAGACACAGACGCACCAGGGGGCAUGGGAGGAGGUGCUGACAGUAGGAGAGGAGACUUUGUCAUCUCCGUGCUACCUGCAGCUGGAGGAGGAGUGUUGUCAUGUUCUCAUGGAGCAGCUGGGAACAUACGGCCUGGUGGGCCAGUCCUGCCCUCCACAGCCUGCCUGCAAACGCCUGCAGCUGGCUCUGUUCGCCCCUCGAGCACCCUGCCUCUCCCUGGACUACAGCCUCCGUAUCUACUGCAUCCAUGACACCCCACAUGCACUCAAGGAGGUGCUGGAUUUGGAGAGGAGUCUAGGAGGAGUUUUGCUGGAGGAUCCCAAGCCGCUGUUCUUUAAAGACAGCUACCACAACCUGCGCCUGUCCAUCCACGACAUUCCUCACACUCACUGGAGAAGCAAACUACUGGCAAAGUAUCAGGAGAUCCCAUUCUAUCACAUCUGGAGCGGCAGUCAGAGACCCUUGCACUGCACCUUCAGCCUGGACAGAGGGAGCCUGGCUGUAUCACAGCUCACCUGUAAGAUCUGUGUCCGACAGGUGGAAGGGGAGGGGCAGAUAUUCCAGCUGCACACGGAUAUUCAGGAGACUCUACCACCGCACUCGCCCCUCCCCUCAGGAGGCACCUGCCUGCCUUCCUCUCAAGUGGGACCCUAUGCCUUUCGCUUGCCUGACUCCAUCCGCCAGAAGAUCUGUGCCAGUUUGGAUGCGCCCAGCGCUCGAGGAUGUGACUGGAGACUACUGGCACGCAGUCUGGGCUUUGACAGGUACUUGAAUUACUUUGCAACAAAGCCCAGCCCCACAGGUGUUCUUCUGGACCUAUGGGAAGCUUGUCACCAAGCUGACGCAGACCUGGUCUCUCUGGCGACCGCGCUGGAAGAGAUGGGCAAAAGUGAGGUGCUAGUUGUCAUGACAACAGAUGGAGAUUGUUGACUGGUCAAGGAACAAGAGAGCAAGCAAGACUUUUUUUUUUCACCACCGUGAUGAAAAUAAGAAUACCUGCCUAUGAAUAUGCACACCCCGGCACAAAUCAUAAGCCCACAGAGCAUUUUGGUUCCUUCAUAUGUACUGUAUUACCUCUGCCUCAUCUUCCCACUGCCCCCGAUCAGCUACUGUAGCUACAUAUCCACCAUAACCCAUUCCCAUGCAGGCCAUCCUAUGAUAACUGCUAACCUGAUUCAGCUUGAAUCUUCCAAAGCAAUGUUGCAUCUGCAAGAUGUGAAACCAAUUUGAGGGUACGAAGGCGUAAAAUGGGUGUUAAGUCAUCUGUCAUAUGUGGUGUUGACUGUCUUCUUCAAAGAUUGAAAAUGACACUAUUCUUGUAUAUAAAUAACAAAGCUUUGGGACAAACAAAAAAAUCCAUGUAUUCAACACACUAAAGCACCCACAGUAACACAAACACACAAACGCUAACACAGAAUUAUCCAUGUUUCAGUAGCAGCAUGAAAGUGCAUGAUUUCACACUAUCUCACCUCAUGGCAGGGUUUUUUGUUUUCUCCACUGUCAUUCUGUGUGUGCAGUGAAUGACAGGAAGCACCAACCUGUCUGCAACCUCCUCAGGCUACAGACACACUCCAACAUACACACAUGGACAAACUGGUCAUUAACCGGCUCUGAAUCGGACAGGCUAGGAUUUCUUUCCAACUGCUUCGACUGUCCACAAAUCAUAUGAGAACCGAACCCUCAAAGUUUGAGGGCUUGAGCAUAUCGCUGUGGGCUGAAAAUAAAAGCUGCCUCUUCUUUGUGGGAGGAGUGUGAAUUGUGAAGUUUGUUUAAGAACUGGCGGAUAGCUAGACCGACAGACUCUUUAUAUUGUACCAACAAAUGCCUCAAAACCUCGGCGUAUCAUUCCGGCUCACAGGGGUGUUUCCCUUUCAUCUCUCCUCACGUUCCUCCAUCGCUCUGCCACACUCCUCCGAUCUGUUGAGAAUAAACUGCAGGAGAGCUUUCUGGUCAUCCCUUAAAAGUUUCCUUUGGGGAACGCUCUUUAAGUUAUUAUCCAUAUUUGUGGAUUGUUUGGGUUUUUUUUUCCCUGUGUCACUGCUUUUACGAUCGUAUAUAACCUGUUCUAUCAUCUGUGCUUGUUUAGGCUACUGAGCUACUGUGUAUUAUUUUUGAUUCUAGUAGAGCAGGCCAAAUGGGAGAGUUGGGAGCACAGUGGAUGUCUUGGUUGUGAAUAACAAAACCAUGUUUAUUUGUUAUUUUUUAAUACUGUAUCAACUAUUCAAAAUGUAAAAUAUAAUCUGUAAAACAUGAUUAGAGGUGGUUAAAUGUCCAGGUGAAUAAACUGUAGGCAUUUUGCUUUGCUGUAACUGAGGGCAGUUUCCACUGUUCAGAGAUGGAUAUUGCAGAAUAGAUUAGCCUUGCCUUGAAUCAACUAGGCAGCAAGGGGCCAUAAAAUUUACCUCAACACUAACUGCAUUAAAUUUCAAUCUAUUCUCUGUCCACCACUUAUCUAUGUGUCCAUCUGUCCAUCCAUUACCCUCAUUAUGUCUCCCUUCUAACAUAUUGUUUACCUUUUUACUAAGCUGCCUGCUUUGUGGUCAGGGUCCUCAAGCUAUUUGCAUUAUCAAUAUUGUUCUGUCAGUUAUUGUUAGACGGGAAUUGAAAUGCUGUCAUCUGUAACUUUGUCUUUACUUAAGUUCUGUGUGUUAUUGAGUCCUUUUCCCCCUCAAAGCAAAAAAGAGUGUUCAUAUCUUUGAAACCACAAAAACCAAAACACAGGCAGUAUCCCUCCUCUUCAGCAGUGAGUCAUGUCACUGUUUUGUAUGAAUGAACUGAAAACAUAAGUGUGUGUGUGUGUGUGUGUGUGUGUGUGUGUGUGUGUGUGUGUGUGUGUGUGUGUGUGUGUUGAAUGAGUGGGCAGGUGGGUGUGCACAUACAGUAUGUGCACCCUUAAGAUCUGUCAUUUCUCUUUGUAAGUGCUAUGCAAGUACAAAAGAAAAGUAAAGCAUUUUGACUUCUUUUGUUUCCUGGAAGAGUAAUUCUAUUUUUUCAGAUCAGGGCAUUGACAGGGUUUUGAUUUUGUAUCCUAAAGUGGUUUGAGAAUGGUUUAACACUUUUGGUGAUGGUAGUAUGUGUGGGAAUUCUCCAUCUGUAUUGAAAGAAUUUGAUCACUGACCAAGGAAGCUAAUACUGAAAAAGCGCAUGUGGGAGAACAAAACAAAGUAUGGUGUAAUGGCAACAAAACAAGUUGUGAAUAACAUCAUGAACUUGUGCCCAGCCGGUCUUUGCCUGUGAGGAAAUAUCUGAACACGACCAGUUCAGUACUUUGGAUCCCUGAACACUGCAGGACUAUUUUUCCUUUCCUAAAAUCUUGUUACAGAGACUGACUAGCUGUAGACUACAGUGUUUAUUCGUCCAGAUUUCUUGAGUGUCUGUUGACUCUAGCUCUGGAUAAUUUAUGCUGGAGCAGGACUGGAUUCCUCCUUGCUCCCAUCAAAGAGAAGAAUUUAGCCUUUGUUGGAGAAAUCAGACAUUUUUACAAAAAACUAAAUGUAUUCAGUGACAUUAUUUUAUCUCUGUAAAGUACCAAUUGUAAAUAAACAUCUAGCCUUCUUACCUGUAACUAAAUAUAAUUUUUAUGCAAUAAAUUAUAUUUCUUAGUUUA